GUAAAAAGAAAAGAGGUUCCCGUGUUAUAUCACUUUGUUGUGCUCUGACAUGUUAUUGAGCGAACACUUUGUAGCUCCCGAUGCAUAGCCACUACAGUAAGGUUAACCUGUAUUUAUCUUCGUUACUCAAAAAUAAGAUGAGAUCGCUAUGGCAGAUCCUCUACCUUCACCCAGCACCUGUCAGGAGGUCAUCUUCAACAUCUGCAGGUGUGGUGAACUUUGUCCCCGUCUGCAGCUCCACGGAUUCUACCUCCCGUAAGCUGCUGCAGGACUUUGUGUCCCGAUCAACACGCCUGUUUGUCAUCACUGGAGCAGGGCUCUCCACUGAGUCAGGCAUCCCAGAUUACCGUUCAGAGGGGGUCGGGCUGUAUGCUCGCACUGACAGACGACCAAUGCAACAUGCAGAGUUUGUCCGCAGUGCAAAGUCCCGUCAGCGCUACUGGGCUAGAAACUUUGUCGGAUGGCCGCAGUUCUCCUCCCAUCAACCUAACUCUGCACACAUGAUCCUGCAGAGAUGGGAGGAGAGAGGUAAGCUACACUGGGUGGUUACACAGAAUGUGGAUGCUCUUCAUUCAAAGGCAGGGCAGAAGAGACUGACUGAGCUCCACGGCUGUGCCCACAGGGUGAUGUGUCUGGGCUGUGGUGCCAUCUCAGCGAGGGCGGCGCUCCAGAAACGUUUUUUAGCUCUGAACCCAGCCUGGCGUGCACAGGCGGGCGGAGUGGCUCCUGAUGGUGACGUCUUCUUAGACGACGAGCAGGUCCUCCAUUUCCGGGUCCCAUCCUGCGAGGACUGUGGAGGAUCACUAAAACCUGAGGUCACAUUUUUCGGAGACACUGUGAACAAAGCAACGGUACAGUUUGUGCACGACAGACUGGCAGAGUCGGACGCUGUGCUUGUUGUGGGCUCGUCGUUACAGGUUUAUUCGGGAUACAGGUUUUUACUGGCAGCAAGUGAUAGAAAAAUACCGGUUGCCAUCCUGAACAUUGGGUCGACGAGGGCAGACCACCUGGCCCAGCUGAAAGUGAGCGGCCGCUGUGGUGAGGUGCUGUCAGUCAUUCAGCCUCUCUGACUGUCAAGGACAUUCAGUCUGGAUUCCCUGUAUUACGUUUGUCAAGCUACCUCAGAUUUAAACUCUAAAAUCAACUUCAGGGGCGCAGUGGUUAGUGCGCGCGCCCCAUGUAUGGAGGCUGUCGUCUCAAGCGGGCGGCCCGGGUUCGCCCCCCACCUGUGGCCUCUUUCCCCCAUGUCAUUCCCCACUCUCUCUCCCCCUGAUUUCCGACUCUAUCCACUGUCCUAUCUCUACAUUAAAGGCACAAAAAAAGCCCCCCAAAAAAAUAAAAUCAACUUCAGGAUGUGGAUUGCAUCUUGACUGCUCCUCAUGGAGAAUUUGUAUCUGUUAUCAAAGCAGAGCAGAAACAGAAAACGUUUUUAUUCUAUGCAGAACAAUUAAAUGUGAAAACAAUAAUUGUCUGAAUAGAAACAAGUUGUAAUAAUUUAUCAGACUUUUGUGACUCCAACAGAGUUAAGUAUCAUAGGGUUGCUAUAUUGGUGCUGCCAGGAUAAACUAGAGCACUUAACUUAUACUGUAUCACAUAAUACGUGCAAUAAAUGAUGCAGCAUGUGUGGUUCACUGUCUGAAGGCUUUGAGUGGAAAACUGAAAUUGCAACGUUGGAUCUGGUUGACCACUUGUUUUCCUAAUUCUGAUGAUUGGUGUUAUUAAGAAUAUACAAACUAUGAGAUGUUUGUUGAAGUUCAAACUGCAGAAAUGUUCAAAUCCUGUUCUAGAUAGACUGAAUUUUAGGGCCCAAAGAGAUGAUAAAACAUGUUCUACACUCA